CACGUACAGUUGGAAGAAGAAGACACUCCCAUAGCUUCCCAGCUUCCCAUAAGUCACUGCUGUGUCGUCUUCUCUCACCGGGCACGCCUUGUUGCACAACAACCAGGCUCCCCCUUUAGCUCUUUUUAUACAACCAACCUUACCGUCUGUUGGAACGCAUCUUGCGUUUGAUACAGCCCCGAUGGAUCUAUCACCUCCAUCCUUGACCAGGUCACCGGCGUCACCUCCAAGUACAAAUUGCUCCGACAGCCCUACUCUGGAUUAUCCCUCGCCGGAAUUUGUUGACCCAAUCUACAAGAUCGCCUCCAUGUUUGAGCAGCCUUGCGCAACCAUGUCUUCUAAUAUGGGCUCCGAACACUCGCUCCCGCCGUUGGAUGCUAUGACCUCGGCCGGUUGGAGUGGGACUGCCGUAAUGCACCCUAGCUCAACGUCAACGGCCCCGAACAUGUCGUCGGCCGACUAUGAUCCUUUCGCUCACUACGAACCUAACAAUAUGCAUGCAUCGUAUAGCCAUGAGCUCUACCAAUCUCAUCAUACUCACGUACCUGUGCUGUCAAGUAGUGGUACUCCUCCCAUGUCUUCGGCAGCUUCUCGAUCGCCAGACCCGUCCUCGAGGCACGCCUUCGGCUAUUCACAUAGUGUUUCGCCAAUACCGCGGAUCAAGAUGGAGAGCGCUGCUGCUGCUGCUGCCGCCGCUGCCGAUUAUUCUGGAGCUGAACUAACACAGUAUCCAUCACCCCGUUCCGCCCACUCGUUGCCACUAGAACAUAAUAGUUACGGCUCGACUGCCGGUAGCUCAGGUUAUCUAUCAGAUGUCCCUUCAGGGUCAUGGCCUAGGUCUGAAUACCCGUCGCUCGAGACAGACCAAUACUAUGCUGGACCUAGCGGACCCGGGGCAGCUUUCUCUCACGAUAGGCGACAGCUACGCGUGCCAAGGGCGGCGAGGAGGCAGCCUCGAAAAUUGACGACGAAGGAGGAGGCUAAUUUUCAGUGCGAGGUUAAAGGGUGCGGUAAGCUAUUUAGCAGGAGCUACAAUUUUAAAGCGCAUAUGGAAACCCACGACGAGAAGAGGGAAUAUCCUUUUCCCUGCACGGUUCCGGAUUGCAACAAGAAAUUCGUUCGUAAGACGGAUCUACAAAGGCACAACCAGAGUGUUCACAUGAAAGAGAAGAACCACAGGUGUGAUUACUGUGGCCGAAUGUUUGCGCGGAAAGAUACCCUUCGAAGACAUAUGGAAGACGGUUGUUCCAAGCGCUUCGAUUUGGGCACAUUAGACUUGCGCUCCGACGGCUACGAUGCUUACCCGGCGCCGACGAGAACGCUCGGUAGCACCCCCGGGCACCUAGUUGCUCCCGCUGCUCAAUUACCGCCGAUGACUAUGUCCCAGGCCGGCAACGGCAACCUCUUAGCACCUAUGCCUUUUACGAAGAGAUGAUGACUCGAACCAUGAUGACGAUUACGACGAGGACGCGGG